UGAUCAGUCUAGCUGUAGCCGGCUACCAAGUCGCAUCGACUAACAGCUUUGUUUUAAAUUUGUGCUGUUCAAAACGGUGCAACGUUUUGCCAGUGUUGGUGCUAUUAAUCAUCGUCGUAUUCGGUGAGAGUCACGCGGUCUUCUCUUUGGAGCUGAAACAGUGGAAGUCACGAAAAAAACGACGAUGCUGAUAUUAGUCGUAUCGUGUCUGCUGACCGUGGCGGUGAAUUUAAGUAUGGCUGAUCUUAAGGUCGAACAGCUUCCUGGCCCUCUGGCCGUGCUCGGCGAGGGUCCCACGUGGGACGCGGACACCCAGAGCCUGUACUACGUUGACAUUAUGGGUUCCGCUAUCCUGCGGUACGAUCGUGCGGAGAACAAAACCUACCGUGCUACAAUCGACGGCCUCUCGGACAUCUCGAUGAUCAUUCAAGUCCGCAACAAGUCGGACCAGUUCGUGCUCGGAACGCGAAACACCCUGUCGCUGGUCAGCUGGGACGGUCGCACGGAGAAGGCCACCUUUGUGAAAACCGCCGGCGAUCUGGGCGAGUCGCAGAAGCACGUGCGCUUCAACGAUGGCAAGGUCGACCCGCAGGGCCGUCUGUACGCCGGAACGAUGCGGCUGGAGACGCUCGGCGAUAUCUUUGACCAGAAGGAGGGCAAGUUCUAUCGCUUUGAGGGCAAGGUUGGGGGAGAGUUUUACGAGCAGAAGCGCGAUAUCAGCGUUUCGAACGGACUCACGUGGGACGAGCAGACGGGCAAGUUUUACUACAUCGACUCGGCCGCUCUGGACGUGAAGGAGUUCGAUGUGGACGAGGACGGCAACCUGCAGAAUGAAACCGUACUGUACGACAUCCGGGUUGACGGCAAGAACCCGGGAUUCGUGUGCGACGGAAUGACGAGCGACGCCGAGGGGAAUCUGUACGUGGCCACGUGGGGAGGCUCGAAACUGCUGAAGAUUAACCCGAAAACGAAGCAGCUCGUUCAGGAGAUUCCCAUUCCGGCGAAACAGGUGACAUCGGCCUCGUUUGGUGGGCCGCAACUGGACGAACUUUACGUGACCACGGCGCACACCAACAACCAGGACGCUCCGGCCGGAGCGCUGUUCAAAGUGACCGGACUGGGCGUUAAGGGCAAAGAAAUGUACAAAAUGGUGCUGAAGGAUUGAAUAACUUAAAUAUU